AUGAUGAAAGCAGAUUUGAAUGUUGAACUUGAUCUGAAUGAUCUGGAUCUAGACCUGGACUUCGAUAUCGAUGGUCUCGAUUCACAAAACUCUGAUUUCACUCUACUUGAUUCUAGCUCGGGAAAUGACCCAGCGACUAAGCUCUUGACCUGGGCAGAGGACGAAGCCACGACAGACAGGCCAUAUCACAGCAAACGGCCACACAAGAAGUCGAGAGCUGGCUGUAAGCAAUGCAAACAAAGGAAGGUCAAGUGCGAUGAAGGCAGACCUGCCUGUCGCGCAUGUACUCUGCGAAAGGAGACCUGUGUGUACCCACCAGGAUCGCAGACCUCUCCAUCUUCCAGGUCUGCUAGAGCAGGCUCGGCAUCCUCGAGAUCACCCAAGUCGUCGAGGGAGCCCUCUCCAGCUUCGCCGGCUGCACGCAAUAACAUCGACGUCCUAGUCGUGGCAGAACCCAUCUUCUGUCCAGUGGGAAUGAGCGAUGCAGUUGACAUGGAGAUGCUUUGGUUCUAUACAGCAGAAACGUACAACUCUUUCAACAUAGAGGGUGGGCGCUCGGGUGCAGUCGAUUCCGUGCUUAGGGUCACGAUACCCCAGCUUGCCUUCCAGUCGCCAUUUCUUAUGCAGACUCUCAUGGGCCUUUCCGCACUGCAUUAUAAAAACCUGCGCCAGGAGCUGCCCCCGGAGAAAGCAGCCCAUUACCGAGCCAGAGCUUUCGAAGGUUACCGGAGCGCUAUAGAGCUCGCGAAUCCACAGGAUUACCCUGCUUUGCUCGCCUGCUCCUUACUCAUGUGCGCCUUGAGUAGCGAGAUGUUUCGCGAAGCGGAUACGAAGCGACUCUACAUCAUUGACUGGAUGACCGUCUGGAGAGGUAUCGGGCUGAUUGUCGAGAUCAUAUCACCAAGAACCAUCGCCCAGUCCGGAUUGGCGGCUUUAUUUUACCGUCCACCGAUAGAUUUGAACAAGUCGCAAAGAUGGAUUCCAAACAACCUUUUGUUCAUGGUGCAGGCGAUCCAGCCAGAUGACGACGAUUAUGAACAUCAACAGACAUAUUAUGAGGUAUUGCGGUACAUGGGAUCUCUUUACCAAGAGUUGGAAGCGGGAUUCAGUCCCAUCAUGGACUUGAGGGUAAUCACCUUCUUUACCUUCAUUCCAAAACCCUUUAUUCCCCUAGCCAAGGAGUAUCGACCACGUGCAUUGAUCAUUCUAGCGCACUACUGUGCCUUCACUAAACAGAAUUUGGGCCCCUGGUGGAUGAAGGAUAUAGCAGAUCGGCAGAUUCAAGAAAUCUGCGAAGAGCUUGGUGACGCCUGGGACCACCUUCUGCACAUGCCACGAAAGGUCGUGAGCCUGACCGACAGAGUCGAGAUUGGGAAAGCUAUACUGCAAAACGAUACCUGGACACCGCCAGUUCAUGAUUUAUAUUCACCAGCGACAAGAGACCCGAGAGUUAAGGAGCUGAAAAUGAUCAACGACAGCGGGCUCGAAGUUAGGGUCACCGACGAUGGAUGGGAAUUAAUGCCGCCUCCUUUGCUCAUGAGCAAGUUGAAGAUCACAGACCCAUACGUUGCAAAAAACGCAAUAGUGGGACAAAGAAUGACCAUGAUGGGAGAUCUUAUUGGCGUACCAUCGCCGAUAGCUGCCUUUAGUUCUUCAUCACCGCAGCGGCCACCGCUGGCUUUUGGUGAUGCUCCAGCGUCGCCCAAGCCAUUUAUGACCGGUGCCGGCCCGGAGUCUGCGGGAAUUCUGGACCGAAUGUGCUAUGAUAUUCGGGUUGCAGAAGGACGUCUUUCCACAGAUGCAGAUACCACAUAA